AGAUCUUAAAUCCGGAUCGAAACAGCCGAUGAUGAAGUCCGAGAAGAUGAGUGCAGAUCUACGUUUCUUCAAGGAGUAUGUAAUCUGCAAUGGAACCGCACCAACCCACACAACCACAUAUUCCCCUGGAACAUUCCCUGAGGACGAGGUGCUGGACAUCAACAAAUGGCGGGAUAGAGUGAAGAUGAAAAUUUUAGAGAUCAAAGAGGACCAGAUGUCCUUCGACCUCUCUGGCAUUGAAGUGGCCCUUGCAAAUUCUAUCCGCCGUGUCCUUCUGGCAGAGGUUCCUACAAUGGCCAUCGAGAAAGUAUUUGUAUAUAACAACACAGGAGUGUUGAGAGAUGAACUGGUAGCUCAGAGAUUGGGAUUGAUACCGAUCAUGGCGGAUCCUGAAAUCUUUUCUUGGCCAUCUGCAGAAGCUAAGGGCGCGGAUGAAACAACGAAUCUUGACAAGUUGGAAAAGGAAGUCAUCAAGUUCAAGCUGAAAGUAAAGUGCAAGAAACCACCACACGAUAGCGCAGACAAGGAGCCCAUCAACGGAAAGGUCUUCUCCUCCCAGCUCGAGUGGAUCCCCAUUGGCAAGCAAGCGGAAACCUUCAAGAGCUCACCUCCUGCUCCUGUUCACGACGACAUCCUCAUCACCCGACUGCGCCCCGGGCAGGAGCUGGACAUGGAAAUGCACUGCCACAAAGGAAACAACUGCGGAGACCGCGGACAUGCUAAGUGGUCACCUGUGGCCACCGCCUGGUAUAGGCUUCUUCCGCGCAUCGAUCUCGUUGAAGAGGUGACCGGUGAUCUUGCGGACUCGCUGGUCAAGAAAUGCCCCAUGGAUUGUUUCGAUAUCGAAGAAGCUCAUGGAGUCCCAGGAGGACGAAGAGCCAUUGUGUCGGACAAGGUCAGAGACUGCACGCUGUGCCGUGAAUGCAUCAGAGAGCCGGAGCUGGCGAAAGCCGUUCGUCUUGCGAGGAAGAAAGACCAUUUCAUCUUCACCAUCGAGAGCACAGGCAUCAUCAAACCCGCCCAGCUCUUCAAGCAGGCGUUGCAGGUGCUGAAGGGCAAGGCGCAGAACAUGUUGGACCACCUGGAGCAGCUGGAGGGCGAUCUAGCGGUACAGGCCAUGGAAGUAGACGAAGACAAUCAACAAGCUGAAUCAUGAGGCGAGCUACUCCAGCUCCUUGUCCAGCUGUGUACCAUGAGCCUCUCUACCCUCUCCUCCUUUCGAAUCGCUUUCUAAAUCUUACAAUCGUC